AUGCCACGGGAAGGCACCCGAGGACGACUCCGCUCGCACGAGGCUUGUCUGAAUUGCAGGUCCGUCACGAAAAAAAACACGUUGUCCCGCAGAAAAGCCAGCCUGCUCGAGCUGUGUGCGAUUGAAUCAGGAGUGUCACUACACCCCCGUGACGAGAGGUUCCCGGAACGGCCCCUCGAGGAGAAAGUGAAUCUCAUCCUAAGUGGUGGCCGGACUCUAUCACAGGACCAAGGUCGAGGCGGGAAUCACGACAAUCAGGAAGCGGCAUAUUCUGCCGGCUCCUGUGCAUCUUCCGCCGAAUGUGGGUCGUCCAUGAACGAUCCUUUCCUUCUCGGGUUGGGUUUCGAGGAUUCAAAGAUUAGCCCAUCGUCACGCAUCUCACAGGCCAUCGAUCUGUAUUUUCAGUACUGUCACCGACAACCCAUCUGGUGCUUUGACCGCGAAGAAGUCAAAGACACGAGUUACAUCUCCGAAGAGCUGGUCUGCAGCAUCCUGACUCUCACAGCUCGCUUUUCAACAGAACGCGAUGAGCUGUUGCAUUAUGGCGAUAGUGCACGAACAUUAGUCAUGCUUCGCAUCGCCAAUGGGACGGUAGAGCUGGAGACGAUCGAGAGUCUUUGCUUACUUUCCUACUCUUCAUUCCUUGAUGGGAACGGUCACCUCGCGCGAUUUCAUCUCGGUCUGGCUCUGCAGCUCUGCCGCUCAGCAAUGCUAGAUCUUCACUCCACGUACGGAAUCCACUGUUCAUCGGCAGAGCGUAAGAAAAGACUCUUCUGGAGCUUACAGUGCUUGGAUCAGACCUAUGGUCAGAUUCACGAUGUCCUGAGUGUGCCCGCGGAGGUCUUGAGGUCGUUCUACGUCUCGUCAAAUGACGAGCUCACUCCCUUCAGAGACCUUGAUACAAGGCCGCCACCCUUUCCCAUGGAUGAGGUAGGCUGCACCGCGUCCUCGGAUCUCGGCAUCUGGAGUCUGGCGCUUCAUUUCGGGUGGAUCUGGAGCCGUGUCAGAUCGUACGUUUUCGAUUGCGCACAGAAUCGUCUCAAGGAGCCCUGGAGGCAUGAUUCAUUAUACACUCAGGUGCUAUCCGAUGUCACAGAGCUAGAGAAUAAGCUGUCGCUGUGCCACCGAUAUGACUCGGUCCGAUUCUACGAGCGAAGAGCCGAGGAAGUGCGAGCGAAUCCAGUCUACUGGGCUCCCUGGCUAAAGUUUCAAUUCACCUAUCACUCCAUCCUCACCGUUCUCAACCAUCCGUUUCUGUACAUCGUCGCAUCCCAAUACAAUCACAAAUUGACAAUACCCAACACCUUCUGGAGGCGAUCGUCUGAGCUGGUUCUGCUUCAUGCGACCUGGAUCGUUCGGUUGAUUGACAUGGUAUCCGAGAAGAAGCUGCGACUCAUUGAUCCUUUCUUUGGCCAUGCUGCCGCUAUUGCGGCCACCGUCCAUCUUUACUAUUGCUGUGCGGCCGACCCACGGCUGAAGUUCAAAUCCAAGACUGAUUUCACCAAAUGCAGAAGAUUUUUGAAGAGCUUCGUCUCCUUUUCUCCUGCGUGCGAGAAACUAAAUCAAACACUUGACAAGAUGACACGCAUCGCAUCCGGGUCCGACAAGGUCGACUUUGACUGGGAGCCCUCAAAGAUUUUGCUGAGUAUCCCGCUCAUGUGGGAGCUCCUUCAGGUCAAUUGCACGCCAACUUCCCAAGAGACUGCCGCAGCUGGGCUAUUACACCCCUCACUGAGCCCUGCCGGUGCACGUGACGAGAUGGAAGACCUCUCAUCCACGCUUGAGAUUAUCGUCGCAAUGUCCCCCGAUAUCACAGUCAACACCACUGACGGUGGAUCUGCUGCUCACCUACCACCCAAUUUACCACAACGGAGGAAAUCUGCGCCCGAGCCACCCGUGACUACAGACGGGGUUGACAAGCUGGUUGCUCCCGCCGAUAGCUUGAUGACCAACACCCCGUGGCUCUGGACUGAGCCGCCCCAAUUUAUUGACAUGGAUACACUCGGUUAUCCGGAGUCGGAGUCUGCCCUGGGAAGCAUCGAUGGAUUUUCGACAUGGUGGGAUUAUGGAAAUUUAUGA